AUGGCAGAAAAAAACAAAAUACGGGCGGGAAUGUACGAUAUUGUGGGUUUUCCCUGCGUGGUAGGCUGCGUUGACGGAACGCAUAUCCGUAUUCAAGCGCCAAGUCAGAAUGAACCAAAUUACGUCAACAGGAAAAACUACCACAGUAUUAACGUGCAAGUGAUCUGUGAUGACCAAGGUUAGGAUUAAUAUGUUGUUGUUUAGACUUAGUUUUAUCAGCACCCUAGUGAAUCUGCAGAGGCCAAAAAUAUUGUAAGCAAAAUUAAUUAUGUAAUAAUAUGCAAACUUCAAAAGAAUACAUAAUUAAUAUAUUAACUGACUGCAUAUAUUAAAAUUUAUUAGGGUCACAAUCACAAUGUCAAGGCAGUCAUGCUAUGCAAAUUUAAUUAAUGCUCAAUUUGGUUCAUUAUUAUCAAUAGAAAAGAAAACAGUAUUGCUGAACAAUAUAAUUUCAUUUUAUUAACUCCCAAUGUAAAGUCUAGAAUCUAAAGUCUAUAACAGUCUAGCUAUAGAAUCUCUUAACUAUAACCAUAUUAACAUAGUUGUUUGUUUACAAACAUUUCAAUGAGUAAAUUAAAUAUAAUUCUACAGGGAAAUUCACCAAUGUGGUCGCAAGGUGGCCUGGCUCAUGCCAUGACUCAUUUAUUUUCCGGUCUUCUGUUCUGGGCAGGAGAUUGGAAGAGGUCCCUCACAACACUGAGGAUGGCAUAUUAUUGGGUGACAGCGGAUAUGCCCUAAGAUCAUUCCUAAUCACCCCCUACCUUGACCCUGUUCAACCCCAUCAGAGAAGGUUUAACAGGGCCCACAAGAAGACUCGAUGUCUGGUGGAACGUGUCAUUGGUACAUGGAAGAGGAGAUUUCAUGUGUUACAUUCAGAAAUAAGGUAGGCUAGAACAUUAGAUAGAGUAACAAAAUUAUUUGUUAGAGUAAAAGACUAGAGUAAGCACAUAGUGGCAUAUUGCACAUUAUGGUUAGGUCAAUAUUAACUCAUUAAUUAAGCAGCAAUACACAUGCAACCUACUUUAUUCUUUUACUCUAAUGCCAUAUUGAUUUUAAUAAAUGGCAAAGUAAAGGUCAUUAUGUGUUAAUUUGUAUCAUAUUGGUUUAGGAUGACACCAGACAGAGUGUGCACAAUUAUCAUGGCAUGUGCAGUGCUACAAAACAUUGCAGUUCAGAGACAAGAGCCAGAACCAGAAGAAGACAUGGAGUUUCUUGAGCAGGUGGAUGGGGAAGAUUAUAUCGCAGCUGGAGCAGAACUUGUUGGUGUCACUGCCAGGGACUAUAUGGCACAAACAUAUUUUGCAUAA